ACGAUGACCCCACAGUGUUUGACCGGCUUGAUGUCUUGACUUGCUUACCCCAACCCGCCCUCAACCCUUCUUGUCUCUUACCGUCAUUGUCGUCGGUGGCCUCCACCGGAGCAUGGCCAUCUUCUCCAAGCCUAUACGAUGGCCUUCCCGACGGACAUCGAUUCUCGUACUGGCAGUCGUCCUCAUACUUCGGUCCAGGUUGACCGAAAUCCCCAAAGAAACUCUAGCGAGACUCCGUGUGGUUGUCAAUAGGAAGCGUCUGUCGCAAGAAGAACUGCUGCGUGUCCUGCAAGAAGUGUAUGUGAAAGAGGACGAUGGCAGCAAGACUCUACUCGUUCCGUAUCGUGAAGAGGUGUCUAGGGUUAAUAUCAAGCCGACGCCCCAAUCAAAGUUCGCUUCAGACGUGCCUUAUUUUCCUCUUCUACCCCCUUCAACAAAACCGAAUAUCGACUUGAACUUCUUUCGUCAGCUACGUGCAAUCUUGUUUCGAAUAGCUAUUCCCUCGUUCCGGUCCAAGGAGGCUUUCAUCGUUGCCUUGCACUCUUUCUUCUUGGUGUCGCGGACGGUCCUUAGUAUUGUUGUUGCAAGGCUAGAUGGGAUCAUUGUUAGGGAUUUGGUACGGGCGGAUGCUAAAGGCUUUCUCAGAGGGCUUGUGCUGUGGUUCCUGCUCGCAAUACCUAGUACAUAUACAAACUCAAUGAUCCGUCACCUUCAAUCAAAACUCUCCCUCAGGCUACGAUCGCGGUUGACGCACUACACCAAUGACCUCUACCUUUCCUCGUACCCGGACCUGCGGUUCUACCGAUCUGGCCUCGAAGGCGUGGAUCAGUACAUCACUGCUGAUGUAGAAUCUUGGGCAGAGUCAUUGUCCGUGUUAUAUGGAAAUGUCCUCAAGCCUUCGCUCGACCUUGUCCUAUUCACAAGUCAACUUUCCCGAUCCCUAGGAGCCCGGGGGACAGUGCUACUAUUUUGCAACUACUACGCGACUGUGGCAAUCCUCCGUGCGGUGACACCAGCGUUCGGCAAGCUUGCUGCGGUCGAAGCUCGCCUCGAGGGCGAAUAUCGCGCGGGGAUGGGAAGAGUCGGACGGGAAAGUGAAGAAGUCGCGUUCUAUGAUGGCGGGGCUCGUGAAAGGAGCAUCCUUAUGGCCGCGUACAUGCGGUUAAUCAAGCAUGUGAAUUCAAUUUACAAAAUCCGCAUAGCUUAUGAAUGGACGGAGGACUUUGUCAUCAAGUACCUGUGGUCGGCUGCAGGAUACGUGCUCAUCGCUGUGCCUCUUUUGUACACGCGACGCCGACGGCGCGCUCAACAUGAGAAGCCCAACUCUGUGGAGGAAGGAAACGCCGUGGCGAAUCGAACAGAAAGCUAUAUUUCCAACCGACGUCUUCUUGUUUCCCUUGCUGACGCCGGAGGCAGACUAAUGUAUGCGUACAAAGACUUGUUAGAGCUAGCAGGUCUUACGACGCGACUUUACACACUCUUUUCGACGCUACAUAACUUACCACCCCUGCCUUCCGCGACUAGUGACCUAGACGACACCAUUGAACUCUCUCAUGUCGACGUUAGAAUUCCGUCGACCAACAAGGCGAUACUUGAUUCAACAGAGACGGAGAAGGAGAUUGCACCGCUCGUCAAAGAUCUUUCUAUGAUCUUACGGGAAGGUGAACAUCUUAUGAUCACUGGAAGUAAUGGUGUUGGAAAGACCGCUGUCGCGCGCGUACUAGCUGGACUGUGGGCGGCCCAAGGUACAAAUGCCCAGGUUAAGCGUCCCGGGAAUCGUGGAGACCGCCGAGGCGUGUUUGUGGUACCUCAACGAGCCUACAUGGUGACAGGAAGUCUUCUUGACCAAAUGAUUUACCCACACUCGUAUGCAGAGUUUUUGGAGUCAGGGAAGACUGAGAAGGAUAUGAUGAAUAUCUUGGAGAUGGUGUAUCUUGCGUAUCUGCCGGAAAGAGAAGGUGGAUGGACUACGAGGAAGGAAUGGAGAGAUGUGUUGAGUGGGGGUGAGAAGCAAAGGAUGAGUCUGGCCCGGGUUUUCUAUCAUAAACCCGAGUUCGCGAUUUUGGAUGAAUGUACGAGUGCCGUGUCUAGUGAUGUUGAAGGACGUAUGUACGAACAUCUUAAGGCCCAAGGUAUCACUUUGAUCACCAUCUCUUUACGUCCAUCAUUAUCGAAAUAUCACACGCGAUUGUUGACACUGCACGGUGAUGGAACGGGUAGUUGGACCUUGACGCGCGUGGGUACAGCGGAGGAACGUGUAGGCAUCGACAGAGAGAUAAUCACCCUAGAGAACAAAUUGAAGGAAGUUGAUGUAUGGGAGAAACGGCUGAAAGAACUUGAUGCCCUUUUGUCCGUCCAAGAGCCCGCAGAGGAUGAU